GAACAACACAACUUCAUUCUCCCGUAGUCAGGAGUGUAAACAACUACACAUUUUUAAAUGCAAAUACUAUUGUUAUUUACAUAUUGUGAAAAGGCAAACAACAAUAAAUAACACAAGAGUUUUUCGUUGAUGUUAAUUUGAUACAAAACAAAAGAAUAAAAAAAAUUAAAAUACAAAAUGGAUUCGGGCAACAUAAGCAAAGCAGUUUCGACGGCCACGAUUUCAUCGGGUUCGAUGAUACGCGGUCGCAAGCUGAAAAACAAACGUCAAUUGCCAACCUUUGAUCUAUCGCUGGCCCAGAAGGUGGACAUUAAGAAGGCCUUCGAUCUGUUCGAUACGGAAUGCACUGGUUUCAUUGAAGUGAAAGAGCUAAGGGUGGCAAUACGUGCGUUGGGCUUUGAGCCGGAUAAGGAGGAGAUUAAAAAUAUGAUGGAUGAGAUCGAUAAGGAUAAGACGGGGCGCAUUGCGUUCAAUGACUUCUUGACCUUGAUGCGCUUAAAAAUGGCUGCCAAGGAUAGCAAACAGGACCUCAUGAAAGCGUUCUCAUUCUUUGAUGACGAUCAUUCUGGUAAAAUUUCAUUCGACAAUUUAAAGCGUGUCUCUAUCGAAUUGGGCGAGAGCCUGACCGAUGAAGAGCUGCAGGAAAUGAUCGAUGAGGCCGAUCUGGAUGGCGAUGGUGAAGUGGGACGUGAUGAGUUCUUAACGGUCUUGAGGAAAACCAACUUAAUCUAAAAGAAGGAACAUCCGACGAUGAUGUCUGGCUAGGCAGGGCUUAAUUUAGUUCCCCCCUCAUUUAUUCAUUUCAUUUCAGGUAUAAAAACGGCUUACAAACACCAUCAAAUAAUUUUUGAAGAAGUUUGGAUAUGCUUCGGUUAAAUAAAGCAUUUCGAAAUGCAAAAAACAAA